UGUGGCUCAACCAGUAGACAUUUACUGAGUUCCACUGAUAAGGCUGAUCAUGAGCUGACUCUGGCAGGGUAAUAAGGGUAUCUGAUGGAACAUGGUAAAUAGUCCCCUACUGGCCUGCUCAGCAACUACUGGGGAGGAAUUUCUAUUACAUCACAAUGUUGCGGGAUCCAGUGUCGCGUUACCUGAGUGAGUGGAAACACGUCCAGAGAGGGGCCACGUGGAAAACCUCCCUGCACAUGUGUGAUGGAAGAAGCCCCACCCCGGAUGAGCUGCCCAUGUGCUACCCUGGGGACGACUGGUCUGGGGUCAGCCUGCGGGAGUUUAUGGAUUGCAGCUACAAUUUGGCCAACAACCGGCAGGUGCGCAUGCUGGCGGACCUCAGCCUGGUGGGCUGUUACAACUUGACUUUCAUGAACGAGAGUGAAAGAAACACCAUCCUGCUGCAGAGCGCCAAGAACAACCUGAAGAACAUGGCCUUCUUCGGGCUCACGGAGUUCCAGAGGAAGACACAGUUUCUCUUUGAGAGGACAUUCAACCUCAAGUUCAUCUCCCCAUUCACGCAGUUCAACAUCACGCGGGCUUCCAACGUGGAGAUCCACGAGGCCGCGCGCCAGCGCCUGGAGGAGCUGAACUUGCUGGACGUGCAGCUUUACGAGUACGCGAAAGACCUCUUCCUGCAGCGCUACCACCACACCAAGCAGCUGGAGCGCCGGCGGGACCGCCAGAGGCGGCGGGAGGAGCGGCGGCUGCAGCGGGAGCAUCGGGGCCACCGGUGGCCCCAACAGGAUGGGGCCACAGAGGGGACUGUCACCGAGGACUACAACAGCCAGGUGGUGAGAUGGUGACCCCCUGCCUUCGCCUGUCCCUCGGGAGGGGGAGGACGAGCGGGCACUUGACGGCCUGUUGCAUUACCUUGCAGCAGCUGGGCCAUCCUGACGCUGCUCCCUGAGGCAUUUGGACACCUGCUGCGUCGCUGUCUUCGUUUUUAUCCAACUGAAGAAUAUCUGUCUUGUUCUUUUUUUUUCUGACAUUUUUCGAUCAGUAAUAUUAAAUAGGGUAGAGAUACAUCCGAUAGAGACCGUGUUAGGAGGUCCAGGAGAGCAGUGCCACCGCCACGGAGGAAGCAGUCCCUGCCAUCUCCUCUGCAGCACCGCCGGGGAGAGUUUGGUAACCGGGACUGUGGAGGCCACGUGAAAAGCCGAAUCAUGGCUUGGAUGUCUGCCGAGACUGGUCUAUUUCACACUGCCUGUCAUGAGAAUAUUGGUCUGUUUAAAGCGAGAGGGAAAGGAGAAUAUUCAGCCCUUAGAUGAGGUUUCCCGGCCCCAACCCGCGCUCGGCUGUCACCUCUUUGAACUCUAUUUGCUUGAGUUUUAAAACAAGAGUCAGGUGUUCGGUUGUUGCAGUUGUUUAAAAUGACCCUACUGUUGACCAUUGCUAGAGACCCACAUCCCAAGUCAGGCUUCUCCCCCUACCCACACAUCUUUUAGGGAACAGGGAAGGGAUAAAGGACAUGGUGGGGUUCUGGAGCCUGAGGAGUGAGGCCCCCCCCCACCAGGGUGGGGACAGUUAGAGGAAAACGUGCUCAUCUGCACAUGCCAAGGAAAUCACGGUUUACCAUUUUUUAUUUUUAAUGUGAAUACUGACUAAAAAAUUAAGAGAGAAAAAAAUACCAGGAGGAUAAAUAUAUGUCUAACAUUGCCCAAACUGGCUGUAGAGCUGAGAUUUUAAAGGAAUGUGCCAUACUUUAACCUCUUUGGAGCAAUCUUCUCCUCUGACAUGGCUCUGCCAGGCUUGGAAUUCUACCACAGAAGAAAAAUAUUCUUAAGCAAAUCGUGGCCUGAAGAAUAUGAGCUUAGCUAGUUUGGAUACAAACUACAUUCGAGGUCAUUAAAUGAAUAAUAACUCUGAUUGGGGCCAGGAGACAGGGAACACCAUUCCAGGGACAGUUAUCCCAGGAGUUGAGACAGUCUCUACUUCCCAAUAUCUUGAAUAUCUCCAGCCCAAUGACUUUUUUUUCUUCCUACAUGAUCUUUACCUGUUGUAAGACUAAGGCUACCACCAGCAAAUCAGGCAAGAGUGUUUUAAAAUGAACCCCCAAAUGUGCUGCGUUUCCAAGUGCCCCUUAUUUCACCGUUUCCCAGUCACAGCCAGAAGUUUAUUGAAUAAUGAGAAAGAAGUGUGGGAAGGGGGAGAGAAAGCCUUUGCCCAGCAUUUGUUAGGAUCAGAGCAGGUGGAAAGUUUCACAACAGAUUGAUCUCAUCAAUCUCUUGGAGGAGCUGAAGGCAAAAAGAGUAAAAUUCCUAAAUCAGAUUGAAAAGCCUAUUUCAUUGAUAUCCCACACGUUUAAGCCAGCUUUACAUAAGGCACUUCUCAGCCUCCAGAAUGAGACUGAGUCAGCCGACCUACAAGCACUCAUGGAGGGCACCUGCCGGAGGGGGUCCAGUGUCUCCAUCAAAUAAAGAUCUGGAGAUGCUUCCCUCACUGCCCUUGGCCUCAUCUGUGGUACAAGGGGAAACACUACUGGGUGGCUUCCUUGUGCAAGGAACUGUGGGACGCUCCUUUUCUUACCUUAAUUAUGAUACAUUCUGCACAACAAGGUAGGUAUUGUUUGUCCCAAGUUCUUAGAUGAGGAAGGUGAGGCUCACAGACUGUAAAUAGCAGACCGUAAGCAAGGUCUAGCUGACUGCAAAGUGUAAGCUCUUUCUAUUCCAUGGUGUUGUCCAAAUGGGUUAAGGGUUCAUGCUGCCUAAAGCUUUCUGCCAAUCAUGCAGGAAGCUGGCUGUUAUCACCCAGAAGUGUUUGUCUGUAACCCAUGUGGG